GGGGGCGGGAACGCGGAAGGGGCCGCGGCGCGGAGGCGAGAGCGGGCGGGGGGUGGGGCCGGCCGCGAGAGUGAGGGGCGCGCCGUGACAGGUGCGGCGCGGUGUCUGCGCGGGGCUGAGGGCGGCGGCGGCGAUGAUGCUGGAGACCCUGCGCGAGCGGCUGCUGAGCGUGCAGCAGGAUUUCACCUCCGGGCUGAAGACUUUAAGUGACAAGUCAAGAGAAGCUAAAGUAAAAAACAAACCCAGGACUGUUGCGUAUUUGCCAAAGUGCUCUGCUGGACUAGAAUUACUUAGCAGGUAUGAAGAUACGUGGGCUGCACUCCACAGAAGAGCCCAGGAAUGCGCAAGUGCUGGCGAGCUGGUGGACAGCGAGGUGGUGGUGCUCUCCGCGCACUGGGAGAAGAAGCAGGCGAGCCUGAUAGAGCUGCAGCAGCAGCUCCGGCAGCUUCCAGGCCUGAAGGCAGAUUUAGAAACCCUGACGGCAAGUCUGACUCAUUUAGAGGCUAGUUUUGAGGAGGUAGAAAACCACCUGCUGAAUCUGGAGGAUUUAUGUGGACAGUGUGAAUUAGAAAGAUACAAACAUAUGCAGUCCCAACACCUGGAAAAUUACAAGAAAAAUAAGAGGAAGGAACUUGAAACCUUCAAAGCUGAGCUCGACGCGGAGCACACCCAGAAGGUCCUGGACAUGGAGCAAACCCAGCAAAUGAAGCUGAGGGAGCGGCAGAAGUUUUUUGAGGAAGCCUUCCAGCAGGACAUGGAGCAGUACCUCUCCACGGGCUCCCUGCAGACCGCAGAAAGGCGAGAGCCCAUGGGCAGCCUGUCAUCCAUGGAAGUCAAUGUGGACAUGCUGGAGCAAAUGGACCUGGUGGACAUCUCUGACCAGGAGGCCCUGGACGUCUUCCUGAACUCCGGUGGCGAGGGGAACACUGUGCUGUCCCCCGUCUCAGGGCCGGAAGCGAGCCCCGGUCAGGAUGCAGUUACUCUUCAGGUUCCAAAUGCCUCCCGAUCCCGAGCCACACGGCCUUCCUCAUCCUCCCCCUGCACCGACCCGACUGCCCAGGACCCCAGCGAAGGUGGGGAGUCCCCCGUGGUCCAGUCUGACGAGGAGGGAGUGGAGGUGGACACUGCCCUUGCCACCUUCCACUCCGAUGACAGUGACUCCUAAACCCGGGCGUCCGCGCUCUGGCCACCUUCAGAGGACGACACAGCUGUGCCCAGAGGCCCGCGGUAAAGGCAGGUGGAUUUAGGGAGGCUCUCGAUUUUUACACAGUUGCCAAUAAUGUGUGAGAAACUGAAACAACAGCUACAAUAAAGUUUGAGGACCGCAAACACA